GUCGCGCACCACCCUCUUCCUCCCCCUGCCCCCGGGAUCGACUUCCGGGUUCUGUUGCUUGGGCGGGAUCGUUCGAACCGCAACGGGCGGCGGCGGCGCGCGCGUUCUCGGCCAGGAGACAGACAGUCUCGGUUGUUUCGCCACAUUUCUGCAGGCUGCGGGAAUGGAGCUCGCGGCACGGAGGUGGUUCGCGGACCAUGGCUUGGGAACUUAUGGUGUAGAUUAGAGACUUUAAGAGCAACGCCAAAAAUCAUGAGAGCUGGCAACGCCGCAACUGUACGUAUGGCUAAGAGAAGAGAGGAGAGCAUUUCAAAAACUAGACGCCACAAAAGGGCAAGACAAGAAAACACAGAUGAGUCUGGUCAUGAGCCUGAUGAAGUAACACGUUCACAUUUGCGGUCUGGCAGCAGUUCCUGUUCAGAGUUGACUUCAGGGGAGGUUGGAAUAAUUGAAAGUAUCCAACUAAAGAACUUUAUGUGCCAUUCGAUGCUAGGACCCUUUCCAUUUGGACCUAAUGUCUCUUUUGUGGUUGGAAACAAUGGAAGUGGGAAGAGUGCUGUAUUAACAGCUCUUAUUGUUGGCCUUGGUGGGAAAGCUACCACAACUAACAGGGGAUCCUCCCUGAAAGCAUUUGUGAAAGAUGGAGAGUCUUCUGCAGAUAUUUCAAUAACAUUACGAAACCAAGGCACAGAAGCCUUUAAACCAGAAGUUUAUGGUGACUCUAUUAUUGUGAAUCAGCAUAUUAGCACAGAAGGAAGUCGUAGUUAUAAAAUGAAAAGCAAAUCAGGGACCUUGAUUUCUUCUAAGAAAGAAGAACUUGUAGCAGUAUUGGAUCAUUUUAAUAUACAGGUAGAUAACCCUGUAUGUAUUUUAACCCAAGAGAUGAGUAAGCAGUUCUUGCAAACUAAAAAUGAAGGUGACAAAUACAAGUUCUUUAUGAAGGCAACCCAGCUACAGCAGAUGAAAGAUGAUUAUUUUUACAUCUUGAAAACCAAAGAAAAUACAAAUCUCCAGAUAAAACAAGGAGCAGAGCUUCUUCAAGCGCUUAAGGAGCAGUAUUUGGAAAAAAAGGAACGAUACAAGAGUAUUGAUUUUGUGAAUGAAAUGCAAAACAAUCUAGAAAAGUUGAAACAUAAGAUGGCAUGGGCACAGGUCAGUGAAGCAGAAAAAGCAUUACAAUCAAUCAAAGAUGGUAUUAGCAUUGAAGAAGGAUGUCAUGACAUUUGUGUCCAGAAGCUAAACGAAUGGCAGGUUAAAGUAAGUGAAGCAGAGAAAAAGUAUGAGGUCAUCAGAGAUAAAUUAGAAAAGAUAAGUGAAGAAACACAGGCAUUAAAGCCUCAGUGUAUUUCUUUGAAAGAAGAUGUGGAAGCAAAAAGAAAAGCACACAACGAAGCUGAGGCACUUUAUAAUCGCUCAAGAAGUGAAUUAAAACACUUGGAGCAAAACGAUGUACAAUUACGCAAACGGAUUGAAGAACUGAAAAAUAGUGCUGAGCAGAUUUCGGAACUUGAAAAGUUGGAAAAACAGAGAAAAAUCACCGACUUGAAAGAACAGUUAAAGAUGUUGGGUGAUCAAGAAAGCACGGUUAGUCAACAGCUGGAUCUGAUUCAGCAGGCUAUAUAUAAGUACAAGGAAGAACAUGCCAGACUAAAGAGAGAAGAACAUGAAACGAGACAAGCAGUGGAUGCCAAGCAGAGACAGCUGAGGGAGCUGCGAGAGAGUAAAACAAAUCAGUGGAAGAGAUUUGGGCAACACAUGCCAGUCCUCCUUGAAGCAGUUGAAGAAGCCUACAGACAAGGGCGUUUUAAACAUAAACCUGUUGGACCUGUAGGUGCUUUCAUUCGUCUCAAAGAUGCUGAACUUGCUCUGGCUGUUGAAUCUUGUUUAAAGAAUCUGCUUCUGGCAUUUUGUUGUGAUAAUCAUAACGAUGAGAGAACACUUUUAACCUUGAUGUCAGGAUGUUAUGCAUCUGGGAUUCGGCCACAAAUAAUUGUAAAUAGAUUUCGGGAUGAAAUUUAUGAGGUUACACAGAGGGCAGUCUAUCAUUCAGAAUUCCCAUCAGUCCUUACAGCUUUGGAAAUAGAUAAUGCAAUGGUUGCCAAUUGUUUGAUUGACAUACGGAAGAUAGAAACAGUCCUGCUAAUUAAAAAUAAUCGUGUAGCUCGUCAAGUAAUGCAGAGCAAUAAACCUCCAAAAAAUUGUAAAGAAGCUUUCACUGCUGAAGGUGAUCAGGUGUUUGAGAGACGAUAUUAUUCUUCUGACAACACCAGGCCUAAGUUCCUAAGUAAAGAUGUGGAAGCAGAAAUAAGUCAUGUGGCAAAAGAAAUUGAGACCCAAAAGGCACGGUUGUCAGUGUUUCAGCAACAUUUACGUUCCAUUGAUAAUGAGAAAAGAAAAAAGGAAGAUGAACUUAAUCAUCAUCAUCACCACCAGAAAGAUUUGCAGACCCAAAGAAGAAGAAUAACAGUAGACAUAACAGAUCUUGAGAAUAUAGAAGAAUACCAGUCAGUGGACAUCUCUACACUAGAAGACGAAGCCCAAGAAAACAAGAAUAAGCUGGAAUCUGUUAAACAGGAUAUGGAACAACGAAAGGCAGAAAUGGACAAAUUGAAAAUCAUUCUAAUAGCUGCUGAACGUAAAUUUGAAGAAAUUAAAGAAAAAAUUAACCAAGUAGAUUUGAUAGCUGGGCCGAUCAAGGAUGAAAUAAACCAAGCAGAUUCAGAAGUGGAAAACUGUAAACACUAUCAGCAGCAUUAUGAAAAGAAACAGAAAAAGCAUUUGGCAUCCAUAAAAAAGCUCAAAGAACUACUAGCUGCUAAAGAAAAAGAAUUGGAGGGAAAGACUGCACAGGCCAUGGAAAUUUGCCCUGAGCGGAUAGAAGUGAACAGAAACAUUAAGAGUCUUGACACAGAAAUGAAACGCUUAAGGGAAAGGAUAAAUUCAGAAAGAGAUUGCCGUGGAAACAGAGAAGAAAUAAUAAAGCAGUUUUAUGAAGCUAAGGAAAAAUACAAGGAUUCAGAGAGUAAAGUGAAGAAUUUGAAGAAAUUUAUUACAUUGCUUGAAGAAAUAAUGUCACACAGAUGCCACAUGUACAAGAAGUUCAGAAAGUCCCUUACUUUGCGAUGCAAGUUAAACUUUGUUGACUUCCUAAACAAUCGAGAUUACUCUGGAGAAUUAAAUAUUGACCACAAAAAUGAAACACUUUCAAUAAUAGUCCAGCCCGGAAAGGGAGACAUGGCUGCUUCGCAUGACACGAGAUCUCUAUCAGGAGGUGAACGUUCCUUCUCAACAGUUUGUUUCAUUCUUUCAAUGUGGGACGUUAUUGAAUCUCCUUUCAGAUGUUUGGAUGAAUUUGAUGUCUACAUGGACAUGGUUAAUAGACGAAUUUCAAUGGACAUGAUGCUGAAGGUGGCAGAUUCUCAGCAUAAUCGACAGUUCAUUUUUCUUACUCCACAAAACAUGAGCGCUUUACCUACAAGUCGUUUUAUUAGAAUCCUCCAACUGCAGGACCCUGAAAGAAGCCAAAACCUGAGUUACCAAAAUGGACAUCAAGAAGAAGACUGAAAUAAAAGCACUAUGGUACCUUAAUUUUCUACGGUUUUGUGAUAUUUUAUACUAUAUGUAUAAUUAUGUCUAUAAUAAUAUUUACUUAUUAUUGUUCAUUAAGAAGAAAAUAUAAUUGGAUGAUAUGUCUAACAAAGGAAGCUGUUCCUUUUAGAUUUUCUGCAAAAGUACAUGAUUGUACAAACCUAAAAUGUAAAUACAGCACAACAUUUUUAAAAAAUUAAGUUUCUGUUCAUUAGAAAAACUGAAACAUUAAUUUCUACUGCUUUUUUAAUUGUCAACUAAAAAAAUUGUGUUUAAUUAAAUACAAAAAAUAUUUUAAGAAACUCUAAGAAUUGAUUUGGCUAGUAAUGUGCUAAAUACACAAAGUUAAAAUGUGAAAAUCGGCCUACAGGUAAUCUUAACGUUUUCAUUUACACUGUUUUAGGAGUUUUUAGUAUAAAGCCCUUAACCUCAUCUUUGAAGCCUGUUAGCUUUGCUGUUCUGUGCAUCAAAUAUAAUAUUAUCAUGAUAUUAGCCAGUAUUUCUGAUUUAUUUAGCAGUGUUGAUACCUGCAAUAUAAUGCAUUUCCAAGGCAAUAUAUGUCUUAAGGACUGAACAAGUGAUAAAUGAAAAGUUGAACAAAAAUGCACAGCUCUUUUAAAAACUGUCUUUUCCCUGGCACUAUUGAAUGUUGAUGGUGUAUUAAUACAUUUAAUUGAGUCAUAUUUUGAUGGUGUAACUAUAUCGGAAAAAAGACAUUAUUGACUAAUAACUGGAAUUAUUCAAAAUAUGUUGUCCAUAUACAUGCACACCCAUGUAUAGAUGGGCUUAGCCCCUGAGCCUUUGACCAUACAGCUUUUCUUACCUUACCAGUAUCCACACACACUGCUCUAGCUCCUCUUCUCAUACUACCCCUACACAUAAGGGAUAAAGGACAAAACAUUCAUCCCUGGUUCUCAGUUUCCUCUAACUUCAGAGAAGCUGACUCUCAGAAGGAGAAAAGAAGGAAGGUGGAAUUCAGAAGUGGGUGUAGACAACCAUGAAUGACUUGUGCCUCCUGAGACGGGGCUGCACAAUUUGUGGUCGGCAGCAGGGUGGUGAGCAGCAACCACCUGCAGAAGCCAG